AUGGUUGGCAAUCCUUCGAUCUCAGUUGAGGUGUCUUCAUUCAUGUGUUCACUGCGGAGGCGCAAGGUCCAAGCAGGUGAGGUCGCUAACAGCGCCCAUGCUAUAACAUCAGAAAUAUUAUUUAAACUACACCAUCAUAACCACCUCCCUCAAAACUGGACCAUCCAAGCAUAUCAACCUGGUGUACGAAAGCCUGCAGGAGGCUUAGGAACCUCCAAAAACUUAGACUGCUGGGGCGGUGGACAGGUUCGAAGGCUUCUUCAGGCCGCAUAUACAGUGGCAUUCUUACGUAUGUUGCAGUUCAAUGAGGUUCUCAAAAUACAGGUUCAUGACCUUCAUGUGGAGAAAGAUUGGGUUGUGCUAUACCUCCCCUUCUGGAAGACCCAUCAGAAUGGAGAUAUCAAGCCCUUUUACCUCUGGGUUCUCCCCUCAAAUGAAGCCCAUAUCUGUCCCGCAUGGGCACUUGCUGCCUGGCUGCAAGAGUCUAAGCUAACAACAGGCUACCUUUUCCGAAAAGUGGUGUCUGGUGACCGUAUAGCGGAGGCAAACAGCCCUAUGUCUUCAGAACAGUUCUUGGAGCUCUUUCGGAACAACCUUCUCAACAUAAAUAUUGACCCUGCUCCCUAUGGGACGCACUCAUUUCGUCGAGGAGGCUGCCAAUACUUGCAUGUAGAAAGGCGCUGGCAUCUGAGGAGGAUUUUCAAGUACCUCAUAUCUUCAAAUGAUGACCCUGCGGAGCCAAGAGAGCAUUUUUUCAAUCCAAACCAGCGGCCAACUAUCAAGUGCCGACAGUGUGGAUGGUGCUGUUCAUGUGCUUGA